AGUUUUGAAUGAAAAGGAGUAGUUGGAAGAAGAAAAAUCUCUCAAAAAUAAGCACCAAUCGACAAUUCAUAGAAACACAAAACGAUGUAUUAAAAAUAAAACAAAAAGAAAGGAGAUCUAUUAUCUUUGUAAUGAUACAGCACUCUACCGAGUCAAUAUACUUCAUUAUACCUUGAUAGAAUAUAAUGUAUGCUGUGCAUUUGCAUUAAGCCUCAGUUGCUCUGAUCUGUCUAAAUUAUAUUUAGUCAGUGCAAACUGACUUAAUAAGUACCAUAAUUAAUAAAGAGCAAAUACAGCAUUACAAAAACUAAGCAACACAGCAGACAAGUCGGGGAGAAAGUCUGAAGCAUAGUUGAGUUAUAAAACACAAAUCACAGGCUCUUAUAUCGCCUCACACAGCAUUGCUUAAUCCAUCACAUGAAAAUGGAAAGAGACUGUCCUACUAAAGUGAGCAAGGAGAGGAUUAAUCAAACAGGCAGCCAAGUGGUCCAUGGUCAGCUGCAGAGGUUUACAGCCGAGGUGGGAGAAUCUGCUGACAACUUUUAGUCAUGGACGCCACAAAUCUGAUGGUUUUAUCCCAUGUAAACCUGUUUGCUAGAAACCAUGAAGGAGAGAUAGUGUCGAAGAAGGUGCUCAGGUCUGAUGAGACCAAAAAUGUUAUUUUUUGCCUUAAAGGCUAUGGAAGGCAGAAUCAUUAUGAAAAUCACCCCAAUAAUGAAAUGUGGUCUUGGUAGCAUCAUGCAGUGGGGAUACUGCUCUUCAGCUACAGGUGAAGAGCUAGAGGUUUUGCAAGGAACUACAUUUUGGAAGAAAAGUUAUCACAGAGUGCAAAUGACUUGAGUCUGGGUCAAUUAUUCACCUUCUAACAGGAAAAGAUCAAACCAUAUCCAGGAGUUAGAACGGCCCAGUCAAAGUCCAGACAUAAAUCCUAUUAGAAAUCCAUGAUGAGACAACACAAUUUAUGUUUAAAGACACUCUCAAAGACUACAUGCAUGCAUUGGGCUCUCAAUCCAUACAUGGCGAUUUAUCUAAAGAGCAAAUGGGAAAAAUUUCAGCUUCCUAAUGUACAAAGCUUUUAGGUAGACAGGCAGGUAAAGGUGGUUCUACAAGUUACUGACUCAGAGGUCUGAAUAAACAUGCACAACGACCUUUAAAGGUUGACUUGCUAAAAAAAAAACAAUAAAUAAAACAAGCAUACUUUCUUAUUUUGCAUUUCAGUUAUGCAUUUCUUUGCAUUGGCCAAUCAUAUUAACAUAAAUACAUUGUUUGUGGUUAAAUAAAAUUAAAAUAUGCUGUCAAAGUGACCACUAGUAGAUACAAUCUGAAGCUAAUGAGUUCAUAUCGCGUUAGCAAAGACUCCUACAGAUCUGUCAGGAGGAAAACGUAAAGCAAAGACAAGGACAUGGAAAAAAAGAAGAAACACUUAAGCCCUCUCUCGCUCUCUCUCUUGCACACACACAUGUGAAAUUACACUUUUCAUGAGAAGAUUGUUUGGUGUUUGGUAAAAGAGUUGACCACUUGCAUCCAUUAAAAAUGCAUUAUGUGCUGUAUGACACAUGAGAAGCCUCCGCGUGGUUGAUCGAUUCAGCUACGUGUCCGUUGUUAUUGGGCGAGGCCGACAGCUUGCCGCUAUUUAGUCUUCAGUCGCACUCAAGAUCCUCACUGGAGAAAGCAGCUGCUGAAGAUGGAGGCCUCUGCAGAUGAUUUCUCAGAGUUGGAGAACGGUAUGGCCAGUAUCAUUAAAGUUUUCCAUAAAUACUCGGGUCAGAACUGCACCCUGAGGAAGGCAGACCUUAAAGCUCUCAUCAACCAUGAGAUGAAUCACUUCAUCAAGAAAAUUAAGGACAAGAAGAUCCUGAACCAACUCUUCACUGAUCUGGACCAGAACGGAGACCUGGAAAUCGACUUCAAAGAGUUCGUAGCUCUCAUCGCCAUGGUUACUUCAGCAUGUCACGACAUCUUCAACCAGACCCACAAACAUUGAUCAGUAUGUUUACACUAAAUAUUCAUUAAACACUUGAGGAAAUCUGGA